GCCUAAUAAUUCUCCUUCGUCGUUAAGUCUGUAACACGCGGCUAAAGUUGGAAACGUUAUUUGCGAUUCAGAUUCGUUUGCUUUUUCCGACGACACAAGCUCCGAAUCCGAUCUUGUUUAUUUUUCCGGGAAAAUCUUACAGUAGAUACUUUGUUGAGAAUCAUUUGAUUUGGCAUUGAUGGCGACGAGGAAUCGAACGACGGUGUACCGGAAACACAGGGAUGCGUGUAAGAGCGCGCGUGCUCCGUUAUCUUUAUCGGCGUCUGAUUCGUUCGGUGGUCCGGUGAUCGAAAUGGUUAGCGGUUCGUUUUCUCGGUCAAAUCACUCCUCUUAUGCUCCUUUGAAUUCCAAUGAUCCUGGUCCAUCAAGUAGCGAUGCAUUCACAAUUGGUAUGCCACCAGCUUGGGUUGACGAUUCUGAGGAGAUAACAUAUAAUAUACAAAAGGUGCGAGACAAAAUGAAUGAACUAGCUAAGGCACAUUCGAAGGCACUCAUGCCUACAUUUGGAGAUAACAAAGGGAUUCAUCGUGAAGUCGAGAUGCUCACUCAUGAAAUCACAGAUUUGUUGAGGAAGUCAGAAAAGAGAUUGCAGAAUUUAUCUACUAGAGGGCCUUCUGAAGAAUCAAAUCUCAGGAAAAAUGUGCAGCGUUCUCUUGCAACAGAUCUUCAAAACCUUUCCAUGGAGCUCCGCAGAAAACAGUCUACUUAUUUAAAACGUCUGCAGCAGCAGAAAGAGGGUCAGGAUGAAGUAGAUUUAGAGUUUAACGUGAAUGGAAAGAUGUCGAGACUGGAUGAAGAGGAUGAACUUGGUGGGAUGGGUUUCGAUGAACACCAGACUAUCAAGUUGAAGGAAGGGCAACAUGUCUCAGCGGAAAGGGAACGAGAGAUACAACAGGUUCUGGGUUCCGUGAACGACCUUGCACAGAUAAUGAAAGACUUAUCAGCCCUUGUGAUUGACCAGGGCACGAUUGUUGAUCGUAUAGACUACAAUAUCCAAAAUGUUUCUACGUCGGUUGAGGAAGGCUAUAAACAACUACAAAAGGCGGAGAGAACACAGAGAGAAGGAGCAAUGGUGAAAUGUGCGACGAUACUCCUUGUACUCUGUUUCAUAAUGAUUGUUCUUUUAAUCCUUAAGAAUAUUUUGUUUUAGUCAUAUACCAACAAUUUUAAAAGAAAAACUGCUUUUCUUUUGUUGUAACAAACCGUAACCUUGUCU